AUGGUCAAGAGAAAGGAUCCCGGCGAUGUUACUAUGGGUGGCACCAAGGAGGAGGAUUCCUCUGACGAGGACAUUGACAUGGUCAAUGUAGACUUCGAAUGGUUUGACCCUCAACCUAUUGAUUUCCACGGCCUGAAGAACCUGCUGCGCCAACUAUUCGACAAUGAUGCUCAGAUUUUCGACAUGUCCGCGCUGGCCGACCUCAUUUUAUCGCAGCCGACACUGGGAUCAACAGUGAAGGUGGAUGGACACGAGUCUGACCCCUACGCAUUCUUGACAAUUCUCAACUUGCAGGAGCACAAGGACAAACCUGUCAUCCAGGACCUGAUCAACUACCUUAAGACCAAAUCCGCCUCCAAUCCGUCUCUCUCUGCCGCCAACCAGCUUCUUUCUCAAAACCCCAUUCCUCCAAUUGGCCUCAUCCUCACCGAGCGUCUGAUCAACAUGCCCGCUGAGAUUGUCCCACCCAUGUACAACAUGCUCCAGGAAGAGAUCGCCUGGGCUGUUGAGGAUAAGGAGCCCUACACUUUCUCGCACUACCUUGUUUUCUCGAAGAACUACGAGGAGGUUGAGUCGAAGCUUGACCAGGAGGAGUCGCGGCCCCAGAAGAAAAAGAAGAAGGGCGGUGAGCAGGCUGAGCGCUUCUUCUUCCACCCUGAAGAUGAGGUGAUUGAGCGCCAUGCGCUCUGCUCAGGCUCCCUUGAGUAUACCCACAAGUCUGACGAUGGACACUCGGACUCCAAGCGUGCUUUCCAGGAGCUUGGUGUCAGGACGAAGGGUAGCAUGAUCUUGCUUGAGGCAUCCCAGUUCGAGCCUAUGGUCAAGGCCCUUACGGAAUACAUGUCCUAG